AUGAGUCUGGAUGUGUUGCCUUUGCAGGUGCGGAACAGAGGGCCUCCUCCCAAGUACAGUGAUCCAGAUUUGUUCUCCCUAGAAAUUCACCAUGGAGGUUAUAUUUCAGAGGGGAAGUAUGUUCGGGGGAAGGUUACUUGGGCAGACAAUUGUAAUGCUGACCACCUGUCAAUGCUUGACCUGUUUGAUGUUGCUAUCUCUCUAGGAUAUGACCAUAAAAAAAUACAGUACCACUACUGGAACAAAAGAAGGGGGUUUGUUCCAAUUGAAGUAGAUGCCCAUGUAGUUGAGUUUGUGGAGUAUACACCUACUUCUAGAGUUCAACCUUUAUAUCUCUCAUAUAAGAAUCAACCGCAUUUCCCAGAGAGCCAGGCAUCUGCAUCUACUCCGCAAUUGGGGUUGGAAGUAGAAGUUGAAACUGAAACUGAUGUUGGUGAGUUGGGGAACCAGUUUGUAGAAGUGGAUGUUGAUUUAGAUGAUGAUGGUUAUGAUGAGGUACAUAAGGAGGGAGAUAAUGAGGCAGAUGACAGUGAAGAUGAUGAGGCUGAAGAUGAUGAUAGUGUAGAAGAGGCUGAAGAUGAUGACAGUGAGACAGACAAUGAGUUGAUUGACUCCGAGUUCGAGCAGUCAGAUGAAGAAGGGUUGAAGACAGUCUUGGAAGAGGAUGAUAACUUGUUUGAUAAACAUGUAGUUGAUGAAGAAAAUGGUGAAUACAAUGAAGAACCUGGUGAGGUUGACAGUGAAGACUACAAUACCGACGAUCUUGUAAGUCUUGAUGAAGAAUCUGAUGAGGGUGAAGGUGUGAAAAAUCAUAGCCGCAGAAGAAAAGCUCCUAGAUUUAAGCAGUUUAGAAGAGAAUCUGAUUUGCUGAAGCCAACAUUCCAUUUGGGAAUGGAAUUUACCAACAUGGAGCAGUGUAGGGAAGCAAUAAGGUAUUAUGCAGUUUCAUGUGCAAGGCCAUUGAAGUGGGUGAGGAAUGAUUCGAAUAGGGUGAGGCUCAAAUGUGAAGGAGAUAAAAAACAAAAGGUUCCAUGUCCUUGGAUGCUAUAUGCUUCUCAUGUGGGGAGAGGUCCAAGUACAAGGAUUAAGACAUAUGUUCCAAGGCAUACAUGUGGAAGGAGGCAAAGAACCAAGUAUGCCACAUCAUCAUGGCUGUCUAAGAGGUUUGAUGAGGAGUUAAGAGAUAAUCCCAAUAUGAAAGUGACAGAUUUCAUGAAGUUAAUAAGGAAACAUUAUGCCAUAGAUGUAACUGAGGCUCAGGUUUAUAAAGCCAAGAGUUUUGCAAAAAAGAGAAUUCUAGGUAGUAUUGAAGAGCAAUAUGGUAAGUUGUGGGAUUAUUGUGAAGAGUUAAAGAGCAAUAACCCUGGAAGUACUGUUAUUGUGAAAACUGAAUUGCAAGGUGAGAAUCCUAUUUUCAAGAGGAUUUAUGUAUGUUUUGGAGCACUUAAAAAGGGAUUUGUGGAAGGAUGUAGACCAGUGGUGGGUUUUGAUGGGUGCCAUGUUAAGGGUUCUCAUCCAGGACAGAUUCUAAGUGCAGUUGGGAUUGAUGGAAAUAAUGGGAUGUAUCCAAUUGCUUUUGCGGUUGUUGAAGUUGAAAAUACAGAGACUUGGGGUUGGUUCUUUGACAUAUUCUUUCAAGAUGUAGGUAUUGAAAAUGGCAAUGGAUGGGUUUUCAUUACUGAUAAGCAAAAGGGUUUGGGGAAUGCCCUUCAUGCUUUGAUGCCCAAUGCUGAGCACAGGCAUUGUGUGAGGCACUUGCACAAUAAUUUCAAGCUUGCAGGCCAUACUGGUGCAGCUUUCAAGCAGAGGUUGUGGGCAGCAGCUAGGGCAACAACAAUACCUGUAUUUGAAGCUGAAAUGGAGCAGAUGUUGGGUCAAUCUCAGGCAGCUUAUAAGUGGCUUCAGGAGAGACCAGCUGCUCAUUGGAGUAGAUCACACUUUAGUACAGUCCCAAAGUGUGAUAUACUUCUAAACAACUUGUGUGAGUGUUUUAAUGCUGCAAUUCUAGAAGCAAGAGAUAAGCCCAUUGUUACUCUUUUGGAGAGAAUUAGAACCUACUUGAUGCUUAGAAUGGCUAGACUUAGAGAGACAGUGUGGCCCCAUGAGGUUGGUCCAAGAAUAUUUGGUAUUGUGGAGAAGAAUUCAAUUGAAAGUGGCCACUGCAUAGCUUCGUAUGCUGGUGGGGGGAAGUAUCAAGUUAAUAGCAUGUUGGGAGCUAUGUUUGUUGUGGAUUUAGAAAGGCAUACAUGUACCUGCAGAAAAUGGGACUUAAGUGGAAUUCCUUGUCCACAUGCCUUGGCUUCAAUAGCAAAGAGUGAGCACAGCCCUCUGGAUUUUGUGCAUGCACUUUACAAAAGGCCGGCAUAUGAUAGGGCUUAUGAGGGCUAUAUAUCUCCAAUGCCUAGUCAAGCAUAUUGGAGAAAAACAGGGCAUGUACCUAUCAAGCCACCUGUUUAUCGCAUCCAACCAGGAAGGCCCAAACUUAGCAGAAAUAGAGAAGCUGAUGAAAUACCAAAAGGGGCAACAAAACUUAAAAGGUAUGGCAUUGUAAUGACAUGCCGCAACUGUGGACUAGAAGGUCACAAUUUUGCUGGCUGUCCCCAACUUAGACAGGGGCAACCUAGAGGUAGAGGAAGAUGCGGUAGAAGGGGAAGAGGAGCUGUGAGGGGAAGAGGUGCAAGGGGAAAAGGAGCUGCAACUGGUAAUGGAGAUGUUGAUACUACAAGUGUUAAUGCAAGUGGAACAACUGCAAGUGGAACAACAACUGUCAGAGGUGUUAAGAGAGGCAGAGGUGUUGUUAGUGAACAACAACAAACUCAGGCCAGACCAAAGUUUAAUGUGAAAAGAGGAGCUCAGGCCCCCUAUGUCAUAAGGAAGACCAAUCUAUUUGCUGAUUCACAAGCUGGCCAAAGUUCACAAGCUCCUUCAGGACCUGCCCCAAGUUCACAAGCUCCUUCAGGACCUGCCCCAAGUAAACAAGCUCCUUCACAAUCUGUCCCACAUUCACAAGGUCCUUCACAACCUGCCCCAAGGUCACAAGCUCCUCCACAACCUGCCCAAAGUUCACAAGCUCAUCAAGGUUCAAGUUCACAACCUCAACCUAUGGUAACUUCUCCAAAAAGGCCUAGGUUAAAAUCUCCAGCAAAACGAAUAAGGCCAUGGAGAGUUUAGUCAGCAAUUUGAAGUGAAUGGCUCAAGAGUUGUUAUGUUUAUUUUGGUGUUCUAGAUCAUCUUGGUUUGCAAUCUAUUUGCUAGUAUAUUGUUGAACUGAUUUUGAUAUGAAGUGAAUGGAUGAAGAUGUAUUUUUGAAACUAAAUUUGGACAAGCUUUUAUGUAAUCACAUGUGAAUUCAAAUGUUGUAUAUUUUGGCCUUUGAAGUGCAGUUCAUUUGGUGUGAUAGUUACU